AUGGACAUGGCUUCCUGUGGUGAAUACGAGAAACACAACCAACAGCAUCAGUGUCUUUCCAACAUAAACCGCAGCCUAUUUAAACAAGUACAUAAAAGAUCAACCCGGAAUGACAUCAACCAAGCCUGCUAUCUGCUCUUGCCCCAGAAAUCAGUGGCGUCACGAUCGCUACCCCUGCAUUUGGCCCGUAAGCCUGAGCUCGAGCCUUUGCGUGAGGUCCUACUAUCUCGCUUCUCGCUUCCUGACCAAACAGCAAUUUACCGUUCCGCUGUUCUGAUAAUUGCUAUAUUGAUAACUUUCCAUAUUGGUGGGCGCAUUUAA